GACUUCCGGUUGGUCAAGAGAAGGUCAGAUGGAUCGGUAGUCAAGCAAGAUGACGGCAAUAUUUGUGUUCUUUGUAGGCCACGGAGCGAGUUGCCCGUCGUCGCGUCGCACUUGCGUCGCCCGCUGCUGAAGUCGGGCCGCACGCGCCCCCACGAUCGGCCGCCUGGCAGCUGAUGGCCUUGUUCGUCUGAGUUUGUCACACUUUGGUCCUGUUUUUGGAACUGUUCUUGCGUGUCAGUUGAGUUUUUGCCGCACAUGAGCCUAGUGUCCCGUGCGUGAAGAUGGACCCUUCGAUGAACUCGUGCUUUAACUUGGGCGGCCCGCCCAACAUGGACAUGUACAAUCCCGCCUCGUGCAGUCUCUCGGACCCGACUGAGUCGGCCCUGCGAGAGUUCCUCCUCAACGAAACGGUCAACAACGCCCUCAGCAUGCAGAACAACGGAGUCUCCGACAUCAACGACAUCCCCGACGAGCUCAAAGUCAUGCUGGACGAACCGCUCUCUAGAGACUGGGUGAGUCCAGGGAAACCUGAGGACCAGGCGUUACCAACCACUAGUCCACUUAUUCCACCCAACGCCAGUCCAGCCGUUGCACCCAACACUCCUAACGCUCCCUCCGCCGAAGAUGCAGCUUCUAAUUAUACACAUGUUAAUCACCAGAUGCACCCGCAUCAAAUGAUGACCACCGAGAUCGACGCGCCGAGAGGUCGCGGUCGAGGACGAAAACGGACACGAGAGCCCGGUGCAGAGUCCGUCAGUCGCGGUCCUCCUAAAAAGCGAGGUCCCAAGCCUGGCAUGAAGGCAGCUAGGAUGGCCAACGUGCAUUACUGCAGCCAAAUUGCACCGGGCGACAACGGCAUCAAGCUGAAGAUCAAGAAGUUCAACUCUGUGCCUCUUCAGAAGCCUGUGAAGAUGCCGAGAGAACUGACAAAGCGGAAAAAGAAAAAAUACAAAACAAAGCGCAAAGACUCUGACAGUGAUGACGAGUCAUUCAUGAUUGAGGCUGAAGAAGACAGGUCGCAGGCCUGGGGAAGGAGAGAGGGACCCAAACCUAGCCAGAGUUUCAAUGUAGAUGAGACAACCGAGCAAGGAGAGGCCCAGUCAGACUGGGGCUGCAAAAUGCCCGACGUCGUCUUGCUCAGAAUAUUCGAGAUGGCCACUCAGGACGAGGGAACGCUGCCGUUUUUAGUGAGGGCGUCACAAGUGUGCCGGCUGUGGCGAAAUGUAGCCAUAACUCCGUCGCUGUGGAACGUGGUCGACUUGAGCAUACCACGUAUCAAAGCCGUUCACAAAAACGACCACGUCCUUCGGUGGCUCUGUGAAAAUAGACUGUCCGGCGCAACAGACUUGAAUAUCAACUGGUGGAAAGUAUCCAAUAUGACUGCAAUGCUACAGUUUGUGGUCGGUUGCUGCGGUGAUAAACUAGAAGGGCUAGGCUUGGCAGGAUGGGGUGGUCUGAAAUCCGACCACUUGGAAUUGCUUGCGCAGAGAUGCCCAAAGUUAUCAAGAAUAGACUUGACUAGCAUAAAUAUGGAAGUGAAUCCCAACUCCAAGGCAGCUGUGUCACCAGCAGCUCUCUGCUCGUUUACCCAUCAAAUGGGUUUGCGCCUCACCCAACUGUCACUAGCCAACAAUACGAUGGCAGGUCUCACUCAAAUUCUGAACUCUGUCUCUGAAAACUGCCCCGAGCUUCAGGUUUUGGAUUUGUCGAACUUGAGAACCGCAGCCAUAACUUCGGCCCAAAUUCCACUAGAACUGCUUCAAGAAGGCUGCUCCAAACUUCGCGUCUUUAGAAUUGCCAAUAGUAAUGUUUCGCUUGCCCCGUCUUCACUACAAGAACAGGCUCAAUCGCCUGGAUUUCCUGCCUUAGAGGAGCUGAGUCUUGCCGUCGACAAACGAGGUGGAAGUCCCCAAGUUAGUGACAACUCCAUCGAGAGAAUUCUAAAGACAUCGACACAGCUACGGCUGCUGGAUGUUAGAGGGUGCACUAGAAUAUCCGAUUCAAGUCUUGUCCGAGUCCCUGCCUGGGACCUUGAGCAUCUUUACCUCUCUGGCUGUGAAGUAACUCGGCCGCCUGGAAGUGGACUGGAGCUACUUGCAAGAAAGUGGAGUCAUAGCUUAAUCGUACUGGAUCUUGCUUGGAGCACCGCCACAGAAGCAGUGGACCAGGCGGUUUCUGCUCUUGCUGAAAAAGGCGAAGAAUCCCCGUUGAGGAGCUUAAACCUCCUCGGCUCAUCAGUUAGUUUUGGCCCUGUCAAAGAAGUCCUCCUAAGGUGUCCCCAACUGUCCUCGUUGAACUUGUCGUCAUGUAGAGGGCUGCCCCGAGGCAUAAAGAGAAACUAUGAAGGCAGAGAUUUGGACCUUCUCAGACAGAACGUUGCAGCAGGCAAGUUUGAUGAACUUACUGGAGAUGAUUCUCCAAAUCAAAACGCCUCCUCCCCGCAAGACGAAGCCCGAUAGUAAAGUGAGGUGUCUUGAAGAUUGAACCUUGCUUUGUUUUAUAAAGCAAUAACUUGUCUCCUUUUCGAUUCUACGGUAGUUAAUGUGAUUUGAGGAAUCGCGGCUAAACGAAUCAAAAUUCCAACUUCUCUCUUCAGCCUCCAGCAGUUCCUAGAUUCAGAUGUGCUCUUCUCUGAUGACGAAACAAACUUUGAUAUCGCGUUGCUUGUUCAAGAGACACUGUUCCGAGUGAUCCGUGAAUUUUGUUGCCUAUUUUCUACUGCUUUUUGUUUUUGAUCCGUAACUGCAUUCAAACUCGAGUGCUACUCCCUAGUGUUGUGAAAGAUGUUGAGAAAAUAUUUAUGAAGUCAAUCAUGUGAAUGAGUGGAAUUUGUACAAAAAUGCCAUAAUGCUAUGCUUCGAGAGAGCAAAGAGUUUUGUCUAAUACUCAUAGCUGAUAUGGGGGAAUUUUUAAACGCGGAAAAUGCAUUUUUGUUGAUAAUUUUGUAAGCUCAAAAGUAUUACAUGUAAAAUGUCUAGAUUAUAAUCUGAAGUUUAUCGCGGAUGGAAAGCGCAAUUAACUCUCAGAACCAAGGGAUUUAUUGAUAAGAGCAAAGCCAGCUUUUCCAUUAUUAAAGAAAAGAGUCAUCUGGGGAGGUUGAAAGUCUUACACUCGAGAAUAAGCUCCUCCUUUGAGAUACCUUGUGUUUUGUGCUAGGCGUAACACUAAAACCGUAAAUGAUAACUAUAAAAAUUAACGAGGAUAAUAUUUAAAGAUGAAAAAGAACCUGUUGAUGUUGUUAUGUGAGGGUGAUCAUUACAAUGCUAUUAUAAUUAUUUGUUUUCUAUGCUGUUAUACUGAAAUUAUGAUUAUACACUGACCAAGUAACCAAGUGUCUGCUGCUGUUACUCAGAAUUGAGUGUUGAUUGUUUUUAGAUAAUUUCUUUAUCAUUUUCCAACAGCAAUUAAGAUACCUCUUUGAUACCGACUGUCAUCAACUCGGCAGUUGCAUUCUUUCUCACGCCUGAAUUUUUAGUGAAUUCAAACGAAUUUUCCUCUGGUCUUUUUUAUUUCUUUUUAUUUUAUCGGGUUAAUUCUCUAAGAACGUAAGUGCUGCUUACCUUGUGAAAUGGAACUAUUUCAGGAAGCAGAUGAUUAGCAUUGAUUGUGUUCAAGAUUUCAAAGUCAGCACUGAAAAUAAUUUAUCGGCUUCGACCAUCACCUUAUAACCAAAAAUCUUUCGAACACCUAUGAAACUUUUUACUUUGCCACUGAAAGUAGCAUCAAGAGAAAUCUUAGCUGAUCCAAACAAAACACUCGCGACUGAUUUUACUGUUAUUUAUUUUUCAACAUGCACAAAAUAAUUUAUGUCAUCAUGACCGUAAUAAUUAUACUUUGUACGGAAAUUUCUUACAGGACAGUACAAGUUACUUGGUAGCUCGAAUUCGUUUUGUAGUCUCCUAAGGUUUCUCAUAGGCCUAAAAGGAAGUUAUGUAGUUGCCUAUUAAUUUUAUAUUUUUGUGCUUGGUUACUUGGGAAUUUUUGAAUAGUUCUUGUGUAAAUACAAACAACAAAAACCAGCGGAUACAAGGCGCGCCUUUAGCUAAUUGAUCUUGCGCGCCUUUUAUUAAGGAAGGCCUUGAAUGAUAAAAAGUAUAAUUCUGUAAAUGUACGAUAUUCGCAACAAUCAUGACGUGUUUUCGGUUUCCCCGUUUGACCGCAAGCUGCAGUGUUUGUUAACCCUUCGCGCCGAUGUUCGUUCCGCUUGAUAAAAAAAACGUAAAGAGAAAAAAAUCACUUGCACGUUGACGUUUUUUGUGCUUCUGCUGCCGCACCAAUCAUUUUCUCCCAGAAGCAAUACUCGGCCUUUUUCCUCAGACUGAUCUAUCUAAUAGGUCUGGUUUUGCCCUCAAGACUCGCGAAAAUGAGAUUCUUUUGCAAAACUUUUGCAAAUUCCGAUGACCAGAGAGGCAGUCGCAAGAUCGUUGUUUUCCGGCCUUCCUUAAAAAAACACAUGAAUUUUAACCAGAACAGGAAAAUCCCUGCCUGCUUUUUUGUUCUUUAAACAGUGAAACUAACACUUGGAAAAUCGGAUGGAAAAACAUUGAAAAGGCAAAAUUUGUAUUUUAUCAAGAUAGAUAAUAAAGAUCUUAUUAAUAUAUUGAAAAUAUAAAGCUAUAUAUCGCAAGAA